CAGGACCGAGCGGAGCGCGGUGGGGAUUGGACGUGUGUGCCCGCGGGUCAUGGACGGGCGGGCGGUACUGAUCCAGGCGCUGCUGGCGGCAGUGUGCUCGGCGGCGGCGGGCGGGCUGCGCCGGGACGAGCUGCACAACGAGGUGCUGCACAAGGGCGGCGGUGGCGGCGGCGGGGUGCCGGUCGCGGCCACGGCCCCGCUGCUCGGCGGCAGCCCGGAGAAGGAGGGCGGCGGAGCGGCCUCGGGGGACGACUUCAGCGAGCUGCCGAGAGUUGCCUUCCUGUCAAAGCCUCAAGGCCUCGUUACUCCCAAGAAAAAAGGGAACGGCAAUAAAAGAAGAAAAGGCAAAGGCCUGGGGAAGAAGAGAGACCCGUGCCUGCGGAAGUACAAGGAUUUCUGUAUUCACGGCGAGUGCAAGUACAUCCGAGAGCUGGGAGCUCCCUCUUGCAUAUGCCAGCCAGGCUAUCAUGGAGAGCGCUGCCACGGCCUCCUGCUGCCGGUGGAGCACCCGCCCAGCACGUACGACCACACCACAGCCCUGGCCGUCGUUGCUGUUGUCCUGUCCUCCCUGUGUCUCGUCAUCAUCGCAGCCCUGCUGAUGCUCAGGUGUCACAAGAGGGGUGGCUACGAUGUAGAAAACGAAGAGAAAAUCAAGCUGGGCAUCACUGUGAAUCACUGAGGAUGCCAGGUGCUGGCGAGGGGCCGGCACUAAUGCACUUCUACCUCCUGGAAGAGGCGAGGCCGCGGCGCCGGCGGCACGGGGCUGCGGCACGCUGGGGGCUCGCUGGAGCACCGGCACGGCACCGGAGGGGCUGCUCGGGCAGCGGCGGCACUGCGGCGGCUCCGUGGCCACCUCUGGGACGGGAUGGGCUCGGGAGCGGAGCUGCCCGGGGGCACGGGGGCUCUCCCGCGGCUCCCCGUCCGCUGCAGUACGUGCCGAGGAACAAGCUGUGAAAGGGAAGAGACCGAGCUCGGGGCUUCCUUCGCCGCAGAAAGGGGGGAGGGUAACAGCUAUUUAACGAGAUAUUUUUCAUUUUAAAUUAUAUAUUUAUUUUAGAUAAACUGUACAUAGUAUUUAUAUUUAUUGUAGGUCUGGGCCUGCAUAUUUCAUGUACGUCAAGGUGACAGGGUCAGACCUCUUAUUUUUAAAGUGCAAUGUAAUAUCCU